AGAUAUUCCCAGAUGGCUACAUUUUUUCUUCCGUUGACAGAUGUCCGUUUUCUUAUUGGCUAAUAUUCUCGAUAAUUUGCCAUGGGUGGUCAUUUCAAGAAUAGGUCCAGCAGCUCCAAGACUUUCCCACCGGCCGUGUGUGCACGCCGCUCUAUUGCCGUCUCGAGCUGCCACUGCUCCCUACUGUUGCUAUGGCCUCACCGGGUGAGGCUCCACCACCUGCACCCGCGUCGAUUGCAGCUGGAAAUCCUUCACAGGCGCGGAGCAAUGGCGACGAGUUUUUUGUCACUGCGAACCUCGUGGGUGCCGCACUACGCUGCGUCGUGAAUCCACAAUGGCCGUGCGAGGCACUCCUAGGUGCGGCAGCUGAAGCCUAUCACGCCAAUUUUCCGAACAGCGAAGUUCCCGAGUGUAACGUGGUGUUUCACCGUAAAAAGCAGGAGUUUUUGGUGGCUGGAACGCCAAUUAACGAGUGCUGUGCAAGGGGAGAUGAAUUGGAGCUGGGUGUGACCGUCCCGGCCCACGGUGCUACUCACGUUGAUGCUACGCCAUCCGUUGCUGUCAGUAGUGUCAGUGGUGUGGACAGUGAUGGAGAGACCAGUGAGUUCUGUGUGUUGUUUCACAAGCUUCCAUUGGGGUUUACGAUGAAACGUGGACAUGACAGCAGUACGGAGGUGGGAACCAUUUAUCCCAAGAGUGCAGCGACCCAUUUCCCUCGGCUGACACCUGGUGUCACCAUCGUGAGCAUUGCGGGGACGCCACUAGAGGACAUGGGUCUUCGUCAGGUGCACGAUUUGAUCAAGAACGCUGGUCUCCCAUUGGAGAUUCAUUUUCGUGGACCUGAACUAAUGGUGCCUCCAUCGUCGCCUAAUCCCGCACAGCAGCAGCAAGAACGGUUGUCGGCCUCGGCUGUAAUACCCCCUCCUCAUCCUCAGCAACAGGGAAGACGUCGCAGAGGGUCUUUUGAUCGCCGUAGUGUGCGGAGCAACGGUAGCAAUGGAAGUGGUCGCAGUCGUAACAGUCGUGGCAGUCGUGGAAGGAAGAAAGGUGAUUCUACUGAACACAAGGGUGCUGACAACCAGCAGAAGGGGGAAGGUGGUAAAACACGUAUACAAGCAGCAGGGCACCGCGAUGCAAGCGAUUCAAACCAGCGCAGCGGACCAGAGGAGCAUGAUGCGGAUCACAACACCGAAGCUGAUCUGGUCGAGCAAAUCGAACAGCUUAAGGUGGCUUUACUACGCAAGCACGAAGAAGCCAAGCAAAUCGCGCGUCUGCUCGAGACGUGCUCCGAGAAACUACUAGCUCUACGUGGCGAAUCUGGUGGCAUGGCAACAUCUCAUCAACAGCAACAAAGGCAACAGCCCAAGCAAAAUGGCACCCCUCGUUCACGUCGUAGUGGAGCACCUCCAUCGAAUAAUGGUGGUUCCAAGGUUCGACUGACGCCUGAGGUUCUAGAGGCCAUGGAUCAGAAAGCUGGCCUUCCUCGACGUGGCACAGGCGCGUAUGCUUCAUCGAACGUGUCAUCAGUCUCGGGGUAUUCAGCUCAAUCCAUGCCAGUAGCUCGCUCUGGGAGUAUGCGAGCGCGCAAUGCUCGUGCCGCGGCUCUCGCCAAUGCCGACAACGUGUCAGUAUCGUCCUAUACAUCGAACUCAUCGAACACAUCUGCACGCCGCGGUGGCAACCACUUGAAUAAACGGUACAACUACAUACCGCAGAAGUAUGCAACAAGCACAACGGGAACUUCAGAGGCUGGGUCGACUUCUCUGUCAUCUCGUGGAGCUGUGAUGUCGCGUGCGCGGAUCUCGCGUGACUCGUUCAUUACCAAGAGUGAGAGUCCAGGUGUCGGCUACUACGACGUGCAGGUCAAGGAUCGCGUCAAAGGUGGUGAGAUCGGCGACUCGGACCGCUCGUUACCGUGGUCUUGAGUGUUGGAUACCUCAACUGGAGAUUACGUAGCACUGGCAUUUGUCUCUCCUUAUAAAGUACGCAUCGAUAGAGCAUUGAAAGUGUUCCCGCGUUAGCUUGGCAGUCAAGUUGUUGGCUGCAUCAAUUCAACUCAACUCAAUAGACAUAGUCUCACAUAAGUAUUGUUUGAUGGCAUCCUUGGAUCUUUA